UUUGUCCAAGAAACUUGAGGACAGUGUCGUCGUCCCCCCCACCCCCCACCUCUGUGAGUUGCGACAUGAGGUAACUUGCAGCAGCAGAUGACCCCCCUGCUCCGUGUCUGCUCUCUUUCGGGAGUUGAAGUGUGGAGGUCCACCUCGCCGGCCGACACGUCGUGCGUUCAUGAACUCCACCUCCCAUGAUUCAUCAGCAGGCUUCAGUGGAGUCUCUCAGGGUUCCACAUGGGUUCAGCAGGAUGUUGUGAAAGCCCUGCACCUGACAGGAUUGCUCAUCAUUUUCUGCAGGCUCAUCCUCAGCAGGAACUCCCACCAGGCGGCUGAAGAACAGUCAUUUCUCCACAGAACAAGGUGACCGUUCCACCACACAGCACAGCUUCCCGUUGCAAUGGACAGCCAGUCUGCGGUGGUGUUUCGAAACGUGGGGCAACUGUACUUCCCCCAAACCAGGGUGGAGUGCCACUACAGUCUGACCCCGGGGCACCAGUGGAGCAGCAGCGACUGGAUUGGCAUUUUUCAGAUGGGCUGGACUUCACUCAAACAGUAUCACACGUACACGUGGGCUCUGGUCCCUGAAGGCUACGCUGAGGGGACCAGUGUGGACUGCUGUGCAAAUUUCCAGGCGUCCUACCUGCCUCGGCCCAGUGCCGUGGAGUUCCAGUUUGUUUACGUGGAUAAGACUGGGACGGUCUGUGCUCGGAGCCGUCCCUUCACCUUCUGCGCUCCCAAACCGCUGGAGGAGCUGGAGACUCUGAAAGAAGAGCAGGAUGGGGAGGAUGGAGACGAGGAGCUGCUGCUGGUCGUCCCCAGGGCUCAGCUGCUGCAGAGCCGCUUGGAAGAGAGCUUACAGAGACAAGCAGACCUGCAGGGAGCUCUGGAGAAAACCAAGAGGGAGGCAGAAGAGGAGAAAGAAAGCAUCAGGGGAGCGAGGACGGAGUGGGAGAGCGAGAGAGACGCCAUGAGGGAGGAGAUCACAGAGCUCAGGGACAACCUGAGGCACAGCUGUGAGCUGCUGAAGAAGUUGGAGGGAAAACAUCAGGAUGUGAGAUACAGCGAGGAGAACCUGAGCUCGGAGCUGAGCAAACUGCUGGCUGAGAAGGCAGGGAGUCAGCAGCAGGUCAGGGACCUGCAGGAGGACAUCAAGGCUCUGACUGACAGAGAGACACGAGCCAACAAGGAACUGGAGCGGCUGAAAGAAAGAGUGAAGAAAAUGUCCAGUCAAAUGAAACAUGACGAGGAGAAGAGGAAGUCUCUGCAGGUGGAGGCUGAGGCCUCAGCAGCAGAGGUGCGAGGCCUCCAGGAGCGUCUUGAAGCCACCGACCUCGUGAGUGAGGGUCUGCGCAGAGAGCUGAGAGAGCUGGGYGCCCGGCAGAGCCACGCUAACGCCGAGCUGCACCAGGCCCGGCUGCAGGUGGCCCAGCUCACCCUGCAGCUCUCCGAUCAGGACCUGAUCCUCAGAGAGGAGCGGGCCAACUCGGCCCUCGAGAGGGAGGCUUACAAGCACGCAGCAGAAAUUGAUAAAAAGAAGUUACACGAUCUGAGCUGUGAGCUCAUGAAGAAGGAGGACUGGCUCCAGGAGGAGAGGAUGGAACGAGACAACCUGGAGUCAGAAAUUGGGAAGGAGAAGGUGCUGCUGAGUACCGCCAGGCGAGAGCUGCAGGAGCUCAGGGCCGAUGUGAGAAAAGUCCAGAAGGAGCGAGAGGAGGAACAGCUUCACAAACAGGAGGUGAUGAACUACGUUCAGCAGCUGGAGCAGAAGUUGGGGAUUGUGCCUGAAACUAAAUUAAACAGCUCAGCGUCUUCACAUGGCUAUCCAGACUCGUCCUCUGAGCCAGACGAAGACGCCUCAUCAGCCUCUUCCAGGUCUGUUUCUUCACCUCUUUUCCUGACGUCUCACCUGGAGGACGGAGCCGAGACUCCGAGCCUGAGCGAGGGGGACGAGCCGGAGUUGGACGAGGACAAGCAGAGCAGUAAAAGUCUGGCUGCUGAAGGAAACCAACUGGUCCUACCUGAACUCAUCGGUCCAGUCCUGAGUGAGCUGGCCGAAUCCCCAAUGUGGUGACACGACGAAGAACAGAACCAAGAAAAUAAUCCUUUUAUUUAGAUUGUUGAUCAUUUAGUGAGAAUUCUGUUGUUUGUUGAUUCAUUUUCGUUUGGACAAAUGAGACGUUUUUGUUGUGGGAUUUGUAAGACCUCUCUUUGUAGUUUUAGCACUUAGAGUCAAACCACUUUCUAAAAGCUCUGUUAAGUGCAGAUUUCAUGUCUGAGAAUACAGUAUUUAGCUUUUUUCCAUUUCAGCACUUGACAUCUAACUGCUUGAUUUCAGGCCUUUGAGCUGUGCUGUCAUGUUGUAACUGUAGUGAGAAAUAUGAACUUGGCUUCACUUGAAUCCAGGUCGUUUAGUUUUUUUUUUCUUGCAUGAGAGCGUGACUUUUGUAACCGUGUCAGAUGUGUGGGUGUGCGUUCACGGUCAAGUGUGAAAUAGUCCGUUUCAACUUUUGGAACUCCAACAUCGGAUUAUAACAACAUGAAACAUCUUUGUUGGAAAAAAUAAUAAAUUAGUCAUUGAUAAUAAAAUAUUUUGGAGAA